GGUUUGUGACCCAAAUUGUUCAGCUCUUGAAACAGACAUAACUCAAUGGAUUAUUAUUAUUAUAUUUAUUUAUUGCUUAUUAAUGGACAAACAAUAUGUAAUUGUUGCACUGAAUUAAAUUGAUUGAUUGACGCACGAAAAUGUCAAGAGACACUAUUGAUUGACGUAUUUUGUUUUGUUUGUUUUGCACUUAUUAAUUAAAAUGUCGCGUAAGCCGUAAAAAAUUGCUUACCGGGUAUACAAUUAAUUCGCCGGCCAGGAAAUUCGAGUAAUAUUUCAAUUGAAAAUAGUUUACUCGUUUUUCGGGGCCAGGGAACAGAGAAAAGCCUGAACAGCCAGGACGAAAAAACCGGGAAGAUGAAGUUCUAGAAGCGUUUAUGAAGACAAAGUUUGGAAAUGGCCUUGAAAAACAGCAGUGAUGAAUUUAGAGCGAAAGACGACGCAUUUAUUAAUGUCUGCAAACAGCGAUACCACAGAAGGGAAAGUGAACUUGGCAGUAUCGCAGUCUUGGUGGUAAAAAAGCUAACAUUUGCAACCUACAACAAAGGGUUGAUGUGAUGGUGAAUACCUGCCCUGGCAGUCUCGACCUCACCAUGUUGGCGACAUCCAAGACUCUGCUAGCUCGAGGUUGUUUAUAAAAUGAUAUGCCACAAGCGAUUGAGCAGCCAUCAAUGGACAUUAGUGCUGAGCUGUCGACAGAAACUGUCAGUCAUCAUUUGCAGCCUCCUGACAGGCCUUUGGCUCAAAGAGACUCUGAUAUGGCAUCAGACAAUGAAAAUGAUUUGCCUCAAGCGAUUGAGCAGCCAUCAAUGGACAGUAGUGCCAAGCUGUUGACAGAAACUGUCGGUCAUCAUUUUCAGCCUCCAGACAGGCCUUCAGGUCAAAGAGACUAUGACAUGAAAUCAGCCAAUGAAAAUGAUUUGCCUCAAGCGAUUGAGCAGCCAUCAAUGGACAGUAGUGCCGAGCUGUUGACAGAAACUGUAUGUCAUCAUUUUCAGCCUCCAGACAGGCCUUCAGGUCGAAGAGACUCUGACAUGAAAUCAGCCAAUGAAAAUGAUUUGCCUCCAGCGAUUGAUCAGCCAUCAAUGGACAGUAGUGCCGAGCUGUCGACAGAAACCAUCAGUCAUCAUUUGCAGCCUCCUGAAAGGUCUUCAGCUCAAAGAGACUCUGAUAUGGAAUCAGGCAAUGAAAAUGAUUUGCCUCCAGCGAUUAAGAAGCCAUCAAUGGACAGUACUGCUGAGCUGUUGAUAGAAACUGUCAGUCAUCAUUUGAAGCCUUCUGACAGGCCUUCGGCUCAAAAGGACUCUGACAUGGAAUCAGACAAUGCAAAUGAUAUGCCUUCAGCGAUUGAGCAGUCAUCAAUGGACAGCUAUCGACAGAAACUGUCAGUCAUCAUUUGCAGCCUCCUGACAGGCCUUCGGCUCAAAAGGACUCUGACAUGAAAUCAGACAAUGAAAAUGAUUUGCCUCCAGCGAUUGAGCAGCCAUCAAUGGACAGUUAGUGC